AUGCAGAAUUUGGAUUGGGCCGGCAAGGGUGGUGAGCUUACACAUGACGAGACAACAAUUAUAAGUGGGGCACUAGAUUUAACUGAGAAGACAACUGAGGAGGCUAUGACACCCAUUGAAUCAACGUUUUCCUUAGACGUCAAUUCAAAGUUGGACUGGGAGUCGGGGAACCCUUUUGUGGAGCAAGCAGUGCAGUACUUUGUGGCAGCUGCAUAUGCUACAGCUGACAAGGACAGGAAGGAAGUGUUACAAAAACUACUACUGCAAGGUCUUGAUAUCACCAUUUUAGGUAGCAAUGACUUUUAUUCAUAUCGGAAUCAUAUUGAAGCACGUGGACUCCCUUUGUUGCCUGAAUCAUUGGCUGCUCUUCCUCCUUUUGCAUCAAUUACUUUCAAUUCUGGGGAAUCCAGCGGAGAAAAUAGCAAGCCAGAAGUUGCAAAAACUGGAUUGGGUUCAUCUGCUGCUAUGACAUCUUCGGUGGUUGCUGCUUUGCUUCAUUACCUGGGAGUUGUUGAUCUUGCUCACGUGAAGGGCACUGCAGAUCUGGAUGUGGUGCAUAUUAUAGCUCAAACUGCUCAUUGCAUUGCACAGGGGAAAGUUGGCAGUGGAUUUGAUGUUAGCUCUGCAGUUUAUGGUAGCCAUCGUUAUGUCCGUUUUUCACCAGAAGUAAUCUCUUCUGCUCAGGUCUUUAUCUUGUCUCCUCUUUCCACAAACAAACCUGUUGCUGCUCGUUAA